AGACUACAUCCCCCACAAUGCCUCAGUCAGGCAGGGCUUUGUUCAGGAACUGGCUCCUGGGUUGGGUGGUUCUUCCUUCUCUGGCACAUGCACAAGUCGCUGUCCCCUGUGCCUCUGGAGACCCCCCAGACCCAGGAGCCCCAACCAGGAUUUCCAUCUAUGACUCGGUGAAGGAUGGCGGGGGUGUCGCACUGUACCAUCCUGGACGAGAGUUCAUCAGACUCCGACGUCUGCUGGUUGGGCCCAGCAGAUUUGCAGCACCUGUCUGAGAUCAAAUCAGAAGACAUCUGGGAUGUGUAUUCCCCAACAAACAGUUUUAACAGAAAGUUAAGUACAGGUGAAGAAGUAACAAAAGUCGAGUUGUAUGAAGACAUUCACCCCAUCAGUUCCCAUGGACAAACGCCACAAUCAAACCUUAACCAUCUACCCUCAGAACGUGGGCGGAGAGCCUAUAGACCUCGGACAUCUGAUAGGACUUCCCCGGAGAAAUCCAUUGCAAGGGAAAGAAGCACCAUAGAUUCAGCAGGGAACAUCACCUUGAUGACCGAGACCAUCUACAAAUGCAACAAGUGUGACAAGACUUUCUACACCCGCUCGGGCUACCGCAAACACCAGAAGAACCACGCCGAGGAUGACAGGAACGUCUGCGGCGAGUGUGGCGAGGCCUUCCCCGACCGGACUAGUUUUAAUCUACACAAGGAGGCCCACAUGAAGGACAAGCCCUGGGCCUGCACUGUAUGCGACAAACGCUUCAGGCUGCAGUCACACCUGACCAAACACGAGAGGACCCACACGGGGCAGAGACCUUAUAUCUGCAAGGUGUGCGGGAACUCCUUUACUCAAAGCUCCAACCUUGCCACCCAUAUGAAGACCCACUUUGCCGGACAUCCCUACAUGGCCAAAGACAGCGGCCAAACCUUUAGUCACGACUCGCAGGUGGUGUCCCAUAGGACGGUAACAGCAGGGGAGAAGGUUUUUACUUGUUCGGAAUGUGGGCGAGGAUUCGCAAGAAGCGCCCAUUUGGCUUCCCACCAAAGAAUCCACUCGGGAGAGAAGCCUUACUCCUGCUCUCAUUGCAAGAAGUCCUUCAGCAGCAGCUCCAACCUCAUUUUACACCAGAGAGCUCAUACGGGGGACCAGCCCUACGCUUGCGUCAUAUGCGACCGGAGGUUCAGCAGCAGCUCCAGCUGCGCCAGGCACGAGAAGAGGCAUUCUGGCCGAAAGUCCUUCCCGUGUGGAGGUUGCGGCCUAGACUUUAGUAGUUGUGACAGUUAUACCAACCACUCCUGUGUUCUCAUUAGUUAA